AUGGAUGUUGCGUCCUUAUCUACUGUUGCGUCCUUAUCUACUGAUAAGACUAUUGUAUCUGUCCCCACUGAUAAGACUAAUGCAGUUAUUGGGUUCUCACUUUCUAAUACCACUAUUGACGUAAACAAUAUCACCUUGUGUGAUAUUACGAAUGAAAUAGUUUCGUUUCGGAAGGAAGUGAAAGAGACCAAUCAACAGUUUGAGUGUGUCAUGCAGAAGUAUUCCGAAUGGCUUGAGGAAAGUACAAAGAAAAUUGAGGGUGUCGCAAAUAAGCUGAUUUCGUUGGUGAAUAAUAUUGAAGUCCUGUCUCAGGAGAAUAUUAAUUUAAAGAAGACAGUUGAUGAUCUGGCUGUUAAAUUAAAUGUUUUGGAACAAAAAGAAAAAGAAAACAAAGUUGAAAUUCAGGGCAUACCGUUUCAAGAGGGUGAAAAUGUUGUAGCACUACUGGAAUGCAUGUCUGAUGUAAUAGGCUUCAAGUUUGCAGAGGAGAUGAUUGAUAAUUGUUUCCGCUAUUACUCUUCUCGUUUAAAUCCUGGUACGCCAAGUGGUAUUUUGGUUCGGUUUGUUGGCAAACUGGACAAGAUGCGUUUCAUGGAUGGUCGCAGGAAGAAGAAACAUCUGAACUCACGUGACCUCGGUUUCCACGGUGGAGAGGGACAUGUUAUCUACGUCAACGACACUCUGACACCAGAGCGCCGCAAACUCCUAAGAGCUGCACGUGAUGUAAAGAAGUCUAAGCAGUACGAGUAUUUGUGGAUGAAGAACGGGCGGAUUUUUCUAAGGAAACGUGAAGGGGACCGCUAUGUAAUCGUUGAGAGCCUCAAUGACUUGGGGAAGUUAGCAUGA